GUUCAUUUCUAAACACCAACUAAAUAUGGCUUCUGUCCAACAUUAUCUCUUCUUACUUGCCCUCUGCAUAAUCUAUGUAGAAUCAGCAGACCCUUCAGCACAACUUUGUAACGAAAACUCAAACAAAACCACAACUGAAAUAACCAAAAACAUAAAUUCCCUUCUAUCCAAACUCGUCGACACCACCUCCAAAUCAGGCUACAGUGCUACCUCGUUCGGUACGGGCCAAGCCCAAGUCUUUGGGCUAGCCCAAUGCCGAGGAGAUGUCAGCACUGAAGACUGCUCAUCUUGUAUCCAAGAAGCAUCUCAAGAAAUCCUUAAAAUAUGUCCUAAUCGAGUUGAUGCUAGAAUAUGGUAUGAAUACUGCAUCUUGAGGUACAAUACUCAAAACUUCAUUGGUCAACUUGAUACUGGGUAUGGGAUUAUUUACUAUAAUGUUGAAAAUGUGACGGACCCAGAAACUUUUAAUGAAGGACUUGGGGCGUUAAUGUAUCGAAUCAAUAUGUUAGCAACUGGCCCGGGUAGCAAAGGGGUUGGUAAAGGAGAGACUAAGUUGACACCUUUUGUGACACUUUAUGCCUUGUCGCAGUGUACACAAGAUUUGUCUCCCCUUUUGUGUAGGCAGUGUUUAGCUAUUGCUGUUGAGAAUUUUGGGACUAUUUGUGAGAACAGGAAGGGGUGUCGAGUUAUUUAUAGUAGUUGUUAUGUUAGAUAUGAACUGUAUCCUUUUUUCUUUCCUCUCGACAAGAAGUUGGCUCUCGAAAGCUCAUCGAUGACAAACUAUAGAUGGGUUACUAGCAAACCUUAGAAUUUUGGUAAGGAACUACCAGAAAUAUAUAGUCCUUGUUUGAGGAUAUUAUGAAUAUACCAGAAAUAUUUAGUCCUUAAUUGAGGAUAUUAUCAAUAAAUUUAUGCUGCUUGCUGUGUUUAUAUGCGAAA